AUGUUAUCCUUCCAAUCUCCUCACAGGCUUUUUGCUGUAUUCAUUGCUAUAUGGAUCACACAAUUUGCUGUCACACUCUCACAAACGGCCACGGUUAAAUGUAUGCACGACUUUGGUAUUCUAACCCCUGCAUAUUUUGCAUUUUGCCGCGAUAGCGGUGACACUCAAUGGGUUUGCCCAACAGCCAGUUGCCAAAAAGAUGGUAAAAGAUGGGUACCAAUGAAGAAUUGCGCCCUCGACCACAGUGUUGGCACGAGUGAUCAACAAUGUGCACGUUACAACUACCUUUACCCCGGUUGUUAUCAAUGUACAAACCCGGGUGGUCAGAAGUACACUUGCUCUGACAAACCCCAGAAUGUUCCCUACAUUACCUGUACAGAGUGCACAAAAUCGAAUACCAACCGGGCCUGA